UUAUGAAAGAUUACAAAAAUGAGAAAAAAGAAUAAGAUGAAAGAAUUUUCAAAAAAUCAACAGUCAUUGCCAUGACGACAACAGGUGCCGCGCGUUAUCAUGACAUUCUCCAGGAAAUUGGUCCAAAUAUCGUAAUUGUAGAAGAGGCAGCGGAAGUGUUAGAGGCCCACAUUGUCACCGCUCUCAGUCGAAAGUGUGAACACCUCAUUCUAAUAGGGGAUCAUAAACAACUAGAGCCGAAACCUUCAGUCAUGCAACUGGCCAAGGAAUACAACCUGUCUCUUUCAAUGUUUGAACGCAUGUUGAACAACGGAAUUGAAAACCAUUGUCUACAACGGCAACAUAGAAUGCGACCAGAGAUAUCAACACUUGUGCGGGAUAUAUACCCUGUUUUGGAGGAUAAUGAAAAUGUUCUGGAUUAUGAGCAUAUCAAGGGAGUGAAAAAAGACGUGUUCUUCAUAAAUCACAACCGUCCUGAGGAUUACACAGAUGACAUUAAAAGCUAUUCAAACAUGCACGAGGCACAGUUUAUCUCUGAGCUGUGCAGAUAUUUGCUGAAGCAAGGAUACGAAGGCAAUCAGAUUACAGUGUUGGCUGCCUACACUUGUCAGAUGUUUUCUAUUCGUCAUUGCAUGGCAAAAGAUGAAUUCAAGAGCGUCAAAACUAUUGCCAUAGACAACUUUCAGGGAGAGGAAAACGAUAUAAUUCUGCUGUCACUCGUCCGAAGCAAUAAAGAAGGAAACAUUGGGUUUCUCUCCAGGUCGAACAGGAUAUGUGUCGCUCUCUCCCGAGCCAAGAAAGGACUGUAUGUCAUUGGAAACUUUGACAUGUUUGUUGCGUGCAGUUCACAAUGGUCACAUAUUGUAAACAAAGUCAAACAAGCAGAGCAGUUCGGUAAUUCCCUGCCUCUUUUUUGCCAAAAUCACCCACAUGAAGACGGUGUACAGGUGACAACAUCUGCAGACUUUGCCAGAGCACCUGAUGGCGGAUGUCAGAUACCGUGUGGAUUCAUACUACCGUGUGGUCAUUCAUGUCGUCUGGCUUGCCAUCCAAUGGACAGACAACAUACCGCAUAUAAAUGCAAGACAGUAUGUACUGAGACUUGCCCUAAUGGUCAUCCUUGUAAUAAACCAUGUCACCUCGGGAAGUUAUGCAACUGUCAAAAAAUGAUGAAGAAACCUCUUCAUUGCGGGCAUGUCAAAACUGUGCUGUGUCGUGAAUUUUCGGAAGUUUGUGUUUGUUCCGUCUUUGUGAAAAAAGUUCUCCCCUGUGGUCACCAAGCUGAAAUGAAGUGCCAUGCGGAUCCAGCUAGGAACUCCUGUGAAGUUUUAGUCACAAAAAAGCGGGUGGACUGCGGACACACUGCAAAAUUGCCCUGUUCGAACGUAAAAAUCGACUUUAAAUGUCAACAGAAAGUGUCCCUUGUUCGUGGGGCAUGUGGACACCGUUAUCAAAUUGCCUGUCACGAAGAUUCAAAAACAUAUCAACGCGGAAACUUAUGUCAAGAACUCGUAACAAAAACAUUCCUGUGCAUGCAUGUCGAGGACGUUAUGUGUUGUGGUUCUCGGUAUGCUAACUGUAAAACGCCCUGCGCCUUACAGUGUCAUCAUGGGCACUCUUGCGGCAAACUGUGUCACUUUCAAACUCCCUGUAAGUGUGAAUUUCUAGUUGAGAAGACAUUGCCGAAAUGUGGUCAUCAACUGAUGAUAGAAUGCCACUCAGAAGACGACCCGGCGUGGUUGCAAGUACCCUGUGAAGAGAUUGUUUCUAAAGUAAUCCCUCUCUGUGGUCAUUCACAAAACAUAAAAUGCAAAGAGGUCCCUCAGACGCAACAAUGUCAGGAAAUUGUUCCCAAAAAACACCCUCUGUGUGGUCACAUGAUUGCGAUUAUGUGCUCAUUGACCCCCUCACACUCCAUGCUAUGCAAAACUAUCGUGCACAAGACACUCGUCUGUGGACACAAACAAGUUCAGGAGUGUUCAGCAAGAAACGUUACGUGUACUGUGAAUGUAUUAAAGACUAUGCCAUGCGGCCAUCAACAGCUUGUCCCUUGCAACAAAAUGGACGCCCCAGUAACUUGCAUGAAGAGGAUAACAAAGAAGUUUCCGAAAUGUGGACAUGUAACAGAAAUGUUCUGUUGGGCAUCAGCACUAUAUCUGCAUUGUCUCCAGACGAUUACUUUAACAAAAUGUGGACAUCAAAAGACGAUUUCUUGUGAGGAAAGCAUGCAUGGAGUUGAAAUGGAAAAAGCUGACAGAUUAUACAAAUGUAAGCUGACAUGUUUUACCGAAGUGACAUUGCAUUUUGCGUGUGGCCAUUCUAAAACGACUCAGUGUCAUUUGUCCGAGACUGUGCGGCAAUGUUCAAAAGGAUGCUGUCCUCACAUCUUAUCAUGUGGACAUCCCUGUACUGGAAAAGACGACGACUGCUCAGAGAAACUUUUCCACGCAUAUUGCACACAACCAUGCAACAAACUUCUCGUGUGCGGCCAUCAGUGCAAGAGUGCAACAUGCGGAUUGUGUUCCAUUUGCUCCAACGAAUGUGAGAGAUAUUGUCCGCAUCGCAAAUGUGAACAUCCGUGCUCACAAGACUGUCCGCCCUGCAAAGAGACGUGCUCUCUACAGUGUCCUCAUCACAACUGUUCUCGCUUAUGUCACGAGGAAUGUAACAGGCCUCCGUGUAAUCUUCGGUGCCCACUUAUGUUGAAAUGUUCGCAUCCGUGCAUGGGUUACUGUGGCGAACCUUGUCCGAGACUCUGCAUUGUAUGUGAGCCUGACAGACGAAAUGAGUUCACUCAGACAUGCAACGAGGACAUACGUCUGGUACGACUUUUAGACUGUGGCCAUGAGCAUGAUGCUUCGUUGUUAGAUAAACUGUUAAAGGAAGAUACCGAAAAUGGCUUCAGUGUUUUGCGAUGUCCAUCUUGCGACAAAGUUAUACAUUGGCAUCCGAGAUAUAGUCAUCAGCUGAAACAGCAAUGGCAUGCCAUAGACGCUGUCAAAAAGAUUCUGUUAUCAUGUUUAAAAGGCUGUACAAAACAUCAACGAUUCCCAAUGGUAGCUGGGGGAGUCUCAGAUAUCCGAACAUACUUACGGAGGCUGAGUACUUUCUUGUACCUCAACGAAAAUCUCAACGCAGACAAAAAUCGUCAUAUUAAAUCGCAGGAAUGGCUAAGGUACACAAUACAAAGUUUGUCGGCGUUUCUGGAUGACCUUCCCAGUGCUACACGAUCCAGUGUGUUUGCUACCUUUAAUGAACGAUUGUGGAAGUUAACUGCUGUUCAGUUGUUGAUUCAAAUGUACUCAAAAGGCAAUGAGUCUGAUGACAGUGAUGGAUCGGACGACGAUUCUGACGAUGAUGUUGCAGAUGGUGAUCAUCAAAACGAUGAUGAUGAUGAUGAUGAUGAUGAUGAUGAUGACGACGACGACCACGACAUUGACGACGAUAACGUCCAAAUCGAAGGCGAAAAUGGUGAUAAAAGCAGUAAACAUUCACUUAAAAAAAAACACAUGAACCACAAAACCAGCAUUGCAACCGAAGCAAUAACAACAGAACUCCAGACGCAGAUGGAAGUGGAGAUUUUUGUUAUAACAAAACAGACAUUCACGCAAAGUGAUCUAUCGAAAUUCCGUGAACUUCUGUUGCCGUUCCUUACGGACUCAUCUGAGGCCAUCCAGUCGCUUGACUGUCCGGAGCUGCGAGGUGUCAGCAUACAUUUGGAUGACUGGACACGCUGCAUUAAAGGUCAUGUCCAACCUUCAUCCUAUGCAGGAGAUAAUUGUCUGGGAUGUUCAUCUGGGACCAAAUGGACUGUUGAGAUGCUUCACCUUAUGAAAGAAAUACGCAACCAGAUUGCAUCAAAGAAAGCGAAAGACAAAGAGGGUAACACACGAAGACGACAAGAGAGUAGACAGCAAUUAGAACAAAGUACCGGGUUGGAGCCAUAUGCAGCUACCUUGGGUGAGUUAACUGCAGGACCAGAAAGAUCACAAAGUCAAUUUUUGUCGCAAUUGGGUGUUAAAAGGCAAACAGUGAAAAACAGAUACUUGGGGACAGAAGAUAAUGACCUUCCAGAAACCAAAAAUAACUUGGGGAGAGGAGAUUUCGAUCUCAGGGAAACCGAAGGGAACUGGGGGACAGGAUAUGUUGGAACUCGGGUAGCCGACAGAAACUGACGGACAGGAAAAGUUGAGACUAGGGCAACCGAAAGAAACCGGAGGACAGGAACAGCUGAGCCUGGGGCAAUAGAAAGGAACUGGAGGACAAGAAAAGCAGAGCCUAGGCCAACCGAAAGAAACUGGAGGACAGGAAAAGCUGAUCCUCGGGUUACCGAAGGAAACUGGAGACCAGGAAAAGCUGAACCACGGGUUACCGAAGGAAAUUGAAGGUCAUAAAACUUUGAGCCUCGGGCUACCGAAGAAAGUAGAGAAAAUUGGUAGGGGCUGCGAAAAGAAUAACCACGUCGAUGUACCAGAGGAAACGUUUGUUAUUAGGAUUUUCGGUUUUCCAGUAGUAAACAGGCUAUUUCUGUAUUAGAGAAACCUAGUGUUACAUUCGUUUGAGUUUUGACAUAAAAUCCUUUAUACGAAUACUUUCAUUUUGUAUAUAUUUUGAAAACAUAAGCUGUACCCUUAGUAAGUGUUGUUGCUUAUUAUUGGGUAAGUUGUUUAUUUCAUCUCUACUGAUUUGUAAAAAUAAUAAUUUGAAAUUGCCUUUUUUGUUUCGGUCAUUUUCAACUUCGCUGUAAGAAGUUGUUUCUUCUCAUUAUUACCAUUAUCAAUACAAAUGACAAAUAGAAAGAAGACAUAGUCAAGGAUAUAUUGAGCCAUGCUUUAUCCAGAUUAUGUGUAUGUUUCGAAUUUGUUACUGUAUACCUUGGAUUUUUUCAAUAGAUUUAAAAACCAUUUUUGAAUCCCAUCGACUGUAAGGGUUUCAUAUUUGUAAAAGAAAAAAGAGCAUAAAUGGUUACAGGUUCAUAUCCUCUUGCAAAGGAUUUUCAAUUAGUGAAUUAUUAUUUCACGUUCUACUGUUACACAGUUCUUUAUAUAGGUGGCAUACCUGCAAUAUUGGUUCAUGUAACCAGUUUGGAAUAUUCAUGUUUUAAUUAUUAAGUUGUAUUUGUAUGAAUUUAAUACCCUCCAUUAUACUAUAUAGAAGUAGUACAUUCCCAUGUUUCCUGCAUAAAAUGUAUAAUAUCACUUAUUAGGAACUAUUUGUUUCCUUGUUAAUGUAUUGCAGCCCAUUAUCUUGUAAGUACUGUAAACGAGAAAUAUUCGUAAGGCGACUCUUUUACUGAUCGCGGAACAUUUUCAAGUUGGAAAUGGUUCUAUAUUUUAUUUAACUUUAAUCGACAUAUAUCUACUCGCAAGUGAAUAUUUUCUUGUUAACGUUAUCCACGAAAAAAUAAACGCGAGUAUUUCCAUUGCACGCAAAUCGCCACGUUUACAGAAUAUUGUAUUUGAAAAAUAACCAUAUUUUGAUUAACGAUCUUCAAUCAGUUAUUAGUUGCAUAUGAUUUUCUUAUGAUAAUGAAACACCCUUGUUUUUGUUUGAUUUUGUUUCAUUAUGUCAUUUAAAUCAAAGUGUAACUUUAUUCAAUUAUUUCAAAGUUGCUAAACACAGGACAAAUCACAUAAUGGCUAGCACAAACAUAGAAAACAUUACGGUCAAUCGUUGAUAACUGUCCUUUUAACUGUUUUUUAUUGAAAGUCAAAUUUAUUUUAUGAGCAAGAGAAUAUAUCACGACCGCGAUUUAUAAUAGCAAUGACAUUAUUUUAUUACAAUUAUUUAGGAGGACGUUUAGCUAACAAAACGAUUGAAAAGGCGACAGAAAGACGAAACUAGAAAUUUCCAAAUUCAUCAUUCUUCGGUUUAUUUGCAAACAAAUGUUUUGGAAAAUCUCUGAUAAUCCAUUAUUAGUUCGUUCAGUUACUAUGGUAAAAAUAACAUUCAUUUGACAUUCUAAGGAAGGAGUUAGUUUAAUGUUUAUUAACUCUGACCAUUUGAUUAUAGGCAUUGGUAAACUUUCUACAUAACACUGAUUAUAAUUAUAUAAUGUUUACAGAUGUUAUUGUUACAUAUUCUAUAU